UUUUUAUCCAAGAAACUUGGCAUGGAUGCAAUACAAUUCGGAUAUUUGCAAACUAUUGGAGCAGCUGCUAUGUUUACCGGCUCCCCUAUAUUUGGACGCAUUGCUGAUCAUUAUGGAGCACGUUAUGCUGUCAUUAUUGCUGACUUAUCGAGUUUAUGCUAUUACCUAAUGGUAGCUUUCGCAAGCAGCAAAUACCUCUUGUUUCUAUCACAGAUAGCGUUAUGUUUAGCUCAUGGCUUACCAGCUCACCAGAUGAUAGCAUCCGAUGUUUCUGAUCCAAAAGAGCGUCCAGAUGCUUUAGGUAAAGUUGGAAUGUGUUUCGGCUUUGGUAUGUUGGUCGGGUCAGUUCUAGGUGGAUGGAUUCAAGCCAGUUAUGGAGAACAAACUACCGCAAUGAUAUCGGCUUUUGGGGCUGUUCUACACGUAAUGAUUACUAUGAUGUUUAUUCCAAAGAAUACCAAGAUGUAUUUGGGAAAUUCUGAAGAUGAACAGAAAGGUUACAAAAAAAGCUCAUCUACAAGUAUUUCGGAUGCAUUUCGAUUACUAGCGUAUCCUCACGUAUUGUUCCUAUUGGUAUUAAAGCUAGUUAGUUUCCUUCCACUCGGUUUAAUACAAUCAGUGAUAAGCUUAAUCUUAAUGGAUCACUUUCAUUUGGGCGCUCAAGCAAAUGGAUUAAUGCUAGCUUAUCUUGGAGUAUUAACAACGAUUGUACAGGGAUUUUUCGUUGGUUAUAUAACAGACCUAUAUUCUCAAUACACCGUUUUGAAAUACGAUUCAAUGUCAUUGAUUAUUAUCUACAUUAUCAUGGCAUUUACAACAAACCUUAUCCCGUAUUGCCUGGCCAUGUUCUUGCUUGCAAUGGGAACAGAUACAUUUCAAGUUAUUUUAAGUAGCUGCCUUACAAGUCUUGCUCCGGAAAGUGAUAGUGGUUCCAUGAUUGGCAUGAUAGCUACUGUUGAAUUCGGAAUUCGACUUAUUAGUCCUCCAAUUGCUUCGUACUUAUUUUCUAUUUACGGUAUAACAAUGUUUGGUUGGGUUGGCCUUUUAUCCUCAGUGUUACUAGUAUUAUUGUUUGCAUCAUAUUCUGAAAUUCACAUUAAGAAUGAUUAA